AUGUUAUCAGAGCGCCAUCGAACUUACGCCGCAGCAGUGAUGAUGGAAGAGGCCGGAGAGAAUAAUCCGGUGGGGAAUGCAGCAGGUUCCUCAAGUCAAACGACAAUGAAUCCGAUUCAGAGGAAUGAGGAGUUUGAUGAUCCUCUAUACCUUCAUGCGACGGAAAAUCCUAAUCUCAGCUUAGUUUCACCUCUAUUGACAGAGGUCAAUUACACUUCCUGGAGCAGAUCUAUGAAGAUUGCUCUGGAAGUGAAAAAUAAGCUCGGCUUCAUUAUGGAUGCAGUUCCGGUUCCAUCUGAGGCUGAUCCUAGACUUGCAUCGUGGAGGAGAUGCAAUCGAAUUGUUUGCUCGUGGAUCCUCAAGUCGGUGAGUCCUAGCAUUGCAGAUAGCAUGAUGUAUUUUGACAAGGCUUCCGACAUUUGGAAGGCCUUGCAGAAGAGAUAUUCUCAGUCUGAUCCACAUCGGAUCUCUGAGAUUCAGAAUGAAAUUUUCAAAAAUGUUCAAGGGAACAUGUCAGUGAAUGAAUACUUCACCAAGUGUAAUUCUCUGUGGCAGCAAAUGAAUUCUCUGAGGCCAUUACUAUUAUGUGAAUGUAAGCCUAGGUGUUCAUGCACUCUUGUGAGUAGGAUGCAGAAACAAAGAGAGGAAGAUCAGAUAAUAAGAUUCUUAGAGGGAUUAAAUGAAGAAUAUGAGAUUAUCAAAUCAGGAGUAUUGGUUAUGGAUCCAAUUCCUGACAUUGAAAAGGUGUUUAAUAUGACUUUGAAGGUGGAAAGAAAAAUCAGAGGUUCACUUAAUAAAAAGUGCAAUGAUCUUAUUCAGUCCAAUGCCAUUCAAAAUCAGGUAGAGGAGGAACAAUCCUUGGUGGCAACUUCAAACUCCAAUGGCAAGAAGAAGUUCUUCAAUAAUGGGGGAAAGAGUACUCCUAAAUGCACCUUUUGUGGCAUGAAUGGUCACACUAUUGAAAAAUGCUAUAAGAAGGAUGGAUACCCUCCAGGAUGGGUAGCAGGCUACAAAUCCAAGUUUAAACAGUCCCAGCAGUCUCAGGGGAUGCAACAGCCUCCCAAUGCUUCCAUAAAUCAGGUUGGAGAUAUAGGUAUUUUUGUUGAUCAGUUCCAAAAGUUGUUGUUUCUUUUGCAGAAUCAGAAUAAGGGAGAUCAGGCCUCAGGCAGUGUUGCUGUAACAGUGACCACACCUAGGAUCAAAUCAGAUUUUAAAGAAACUAUGGGAGUCCAAGAUGAAGGUAGUUUCACUUAUAACUCUCAUGUUGGUGCUGUUUUGAACUCACACAAUUAUUGGAUCCUAGACUCAGGGGCAACAUAUCACAUUACUUGUUCCCUGGACUACUUUGAUACUUGUCAUAAGGUUCAAGGUUUAUCAAUUAAGCUCCCAAAUGGUGAGACAGUAAAGGUUACUCAUAUAGGACAAAUCAGAUUUGAUGAAAAUGUGUCUCUUCACAAUGUGUUGUUUAUCCCAUCCUUUAAUUUCAACAUUGUUUCUGCUAGUAAGCUCACUUUGCAGUCUAAGUGUAAGCUUAUUUUGGGAUCUGACUCAUGUGAUAUCCAGGGAAUUCAUGGAAAAGUGGAUGGUUUUGCUGAAUAG